CACCCUACGUUCAGUCAACAACUAGUAGCAAUCUUAAGGAACCACGCAAGAUCGACAUGAGCUCCACUAGAACCAUUCAUUUGGUGGCAACGUUAUACUUUUGUCUGGCGUCAGCUACGAUAUUGGCCCAGGAAUAUGUAACGGUGGAUAUAGAUGCAGGAACCUUGAGAGGUUCUAUCAGAGCAACGUAUACGAACAAACCCAUGUACAGCUUCGAAGGUAUCCCAUAUGCGGAACCUCCUGUCGAUGAUCUCCGGUUUCAGCUUCCAGUGACCAAGACGGCGUGGAGCGGCGUUCGAGACGCUCUUCAGCCGGGCUCUCCGUGCCCGCAGUUCUACAGCAACGAGGUGAUCGGCAACGAGGACUGCCUCUUCCUCAACGUCUACAGCCCAGUACUGGGAACGACAAACGAAACCCUGAAAAAUGUAAUGGUGUGGAUUCAUGGAGGCUGCUUCAGGGAAGGAAGAAGUGACACUGCCACACCGCACUACUUUGUUGACAAUGACAUUGUGUUUGUCGGUAUAAACUACCGCCUAGGACUGCUAGGUUUCCUUAGCACCGGUGACGACGUCGUACCUGGAAACAUGGGCCUCAAAGACCAGACAGAGGCCCUUCGUUGGGUCCAGAGGAACAUAGCGGCGUUUGGCGGCGACCCAGACAAAGUCACUAUCUUCGGCGAAAGUGCUGGAGGCGCAUCCAUCCACUACCAUAUCUUAUCUCCACUGAGCAAAGGUCUGUACAAAAAUGCAGUAGCAAUGAGUGGAACGGCGUUAAGCCCAUGGGCCUUCUCCAGGAACGCAACAGACAGAUCAGUACGCUUCGCAGAGUACCUGGGACACCCUGUCAAAAACUCAUCUGAUCUUGUAGAAUUCUUCAAAACAAUUAAUUCGAGCACUCUGGUGGUGAACAUCAAUAACGCCCUUUCGGAAGAGGACCGACUGAGCUUAUUCACGUGUGUUUGGGCGCCCAGCGUCGAACCGGAACACGAGUCGGCGUUCCUGACGGAGGAGCCGUGGAAACUGGUGGCCGAGGGCCGCUACAACAUCGUCCCCUACAUGUCCGGCGUCACCGACCUGGAGCAGCUCGCACAGACCCAACCGGGUGGAGUGUUGUCCACACAGGAGCAAGUGGAGAACCUGAACGAGAACUUUGAGGAGAUAGUGGCCUGUGACAUCCGCCUGCCGACGAGGCAGGAGCAGCUGAGCGCUGCGAGACUCGUGAGGCAGUUCUACUUCAACGACAGCGCCAUCACGCUCCAGAACAACUACACCACCGCCUUGUUUGACUCGCACCUCUUCUUUGUGGAGGGAGUGGACGCAGUCAUCAGGAGUAUGGCUCGCUACUCCCCGCUGCCCGUCUACUACUACCAGUUUGCCUACAAUGGACCCAUAAGUCAGUUCCCUGGCGGACCAGGAGCUGCCCAUGCAGAUGAUAUAACAUAUCUCUUCGGAUCAUCAUCUCUCGACCCUAAUGCAGACGGAGCUAUUCUAAGGGAUCAAAUGACAGCCAUGUUGGCGAAUUUCGCAAAAACGGACAAUCCAACCCCAGAAGUGAGUUCACUGCUGACGGAAGAGUGGAUAGCGUACAACGAAACGUCGCCAUUCUACCUGAGGAUGUCCGCUCCACUCAGCUCCGGGAUGAACCUCUUUGAGCCGUAUAUGAGCUUCUGGCAUGAUCUGCUGCCAUAGACUCAACGCCGUCACACGACACAACCAGUGAAAUACAUUUGCUCUUCAGACAGCAGCUAGUCUCUAGUCCACAAACACUAAGUAGUGGCACAAACAUAUAUUUACCACAGUAUGUGUUGGCUCUUACAAAAUCCUUGUUUGUGUUGUUUCUGGAGAAACCGAAUACUGUCUGUAUAUUAUCUGCAAAUUCGAAAUUAAAAUAAAUGUAUUUGUAUUCUA